UCAAAAAAUACUCACAAGUUCAUGUAUUAAUAGUCUUGCUUUUCUUAACAGUCGUGAUGUCCGAAUACGUUUUUUCAUAUGUGAGAAGAGAAACAAAAGUCUUUGAUACUAGUCACGAGAACAUCCAAGUAAUGAUCGAAGGAAUAAAUAGUGAUAUCGCGAUGGUUUUUCUUGUAUAUAAAAAUGAUAAUCCGGAUGAGUCAACGAAGGUAGUUUUUAUGAAUGCGACAGCUGAAGAAAAAAUAGAACCUGUACGUGUCAAGGAUAGAGAAAGCUAUCUUGUAACUUGGAUAAAUAACUAUGAAUUAUCUGUGGAUGGUAAACGAAUUUUUAAGUUAAAACAAAAAAAAGAGCAAGGGGCUUUUCGAGGUCUUCAAGAGUUUUUAGUAAAUAAAUAA